AUGGGCGUCAAGUCCAAGAAGAAGGCCAAGACCCGGUUGGACGCGUACUACCGGCUGGCCAAGGACCAGGGGUACCGCGCCCGUUCUGCCUACAAACUCAUCCAGCUGAACCGAAAAUAUGAUUUCCUCGCCAAGUCGCGCGUCCUUGUCGACCUCUGCGCCGCGCCUGGUGGCUGGUGCCAGGUGGCUGCGCAGCACAUGGCAAUAGGCUCGAAGAUCGUCGGUGUCGAUCUUGUUCCGAUUGCGCCGAUCCGUGGCGUCAAGACGUUCGUGGGUGACAUCACAGACGACAAGACGCGCAAGAUGAUCGUCACGUACCUGAAGAAGGAGCCGGUCGACUGCGUCAUUCACGAUGGUGCGCCAAACGUCGGCGGUGUGUGGUCGCGUGAUCUCUUCGACCAGAACGCGCUCGUGCUGGCGUCGGCCAAGAUGGCGUGCUCCAUGCUGAAGGCGAACGGCUGGUUUGUCACGAAGGUGUUCCGCUCGCCGGACUUCCACAACCUCCUCUGGGUGUUCAAGCAGCUCUUCGAGAAGGUCGAGGCGACCAAGCCGCAGGCGUCUCGCAUGGAGUCUGCCGAAAUCUUCGUCGUCUGUGCCGGCUUCAAGGCACCCAAGAACAUCGACCCCGCCUUCUUCAAUCCGCAAAAGGUCUUUGCGGAGGUCGGCCAAGAGAAGAUCGUCUCCGCCUCCGGCAUGCUGGUCACCCCCAAGUCGAAUGUGCCGACGGGGUACGAAGAGUUCGCUACCGUCUCGCACCACGUCGCGUCCUUCUCCGACUUCCUCAACGCUGAUGACCCCAAAGGGUUCCUAAAGACGCACCACGAGCUGCGCUUCAGCGACGACGCGGACAAGGAGUACCUCACAUCGAAGAGCUCCAAGAAGGAGUUGGUGUACCUCUGCGGUGAUCUUCAGCAGGUGGGCGAGGCUGACCUUCGGCGCAUGCUGCGGUGGCGAGAGCAGCUGCUGCGCGAGAAGAUCCACCGCAUCCAGGUCGACGCGGCGGGCACCGAGGAGGACGGCGACGUGGACAGCAUGGCCGGCGGCAACGGCAGCGACGACGACGACGACGAUGACGGCGAAGGGAAGCGCGACUACCACUUUGACUUCGACAGCCCCGAGGGCGUCACGCAGAUCGCGCGUGAGCUGCUUGAGAUUCGGAAGAAGAAGGCCAAGGAGUUGAAGAAAAAGCAGAAGAAGGUGGUGGAUCGAAAGCUGAAGCAGAUCAAGGGCCUCAUCAACUACGACCCCAACAUGAGCGCCGAGCAUAUGACGGAGACGGAUGGGUUCGCCUACAAAGGCACGAACACCGACGCCUUCGACGAUGACGGCGACGCCGCGGCAGGCGGCGAGGACGGCGAAGCCGAUGAGCUGGAUCACUUCACAGUGGAGCAGCUCGGGCUCAUUCCGGAGAAGGAGCUGGCUCACAUCAUGGAUAAGACUUGGAUAGAGCCGGAGGACCGCGGCAACGACCCGCUGAACCCGGUCAUGUCGGUCAACCUCGCCGCCCAAGACGACUGGGACUUGGGGGACAAGAAGGACGGCGACGAGUCCGAGGCGGAGGGCGACGCCGAUGGCGUGCUGCACUCCACCCAGCUCGUUGAGGGGGAGGAGCACUUCAUGGAUGUCGACAACUACGGUAACUACGUCCCGGCGCAGCGCUCCACGCGUGUGACGCUGUACGAGGCAGGACUGGAGGGUUACGAGGACAGCAACGACGCGGAGGCCGCGGACGAGACGCCGGUGUCCAAGAAAAAGCGUGCAAAGACAGAGAAAGACGCAGCGCAGCUGGAUGAGGCGGGUAAGAGCAGCAAGUGGGAGCGCCAUCAACUGAACAUCGAAAAGGUGUUGAAUGACACUUUUCCGAAGCCGAAGGAUCACGAUCGUGCCAAGAACAAGAAGCAGCAGCGCACGCUAGAGGAGGAGCGCAUCAUUAUGAGCGCGCCCACGGAGAUGGCAGACCCGGACAAGCGCAAGCACGUGCGCACGCGCUUCGAGAACAAGGACAACGACGACGACAGCGACGACUCUGUUAGUGAGCUGUCUGCGGAGCUGAGCGACGGCGACCUCGACGACUACGAGAUCAACCGUGGCCGCGAGGACUCGCGCCGCAAGCGCAAGCUGAUCCCUGACAUAGGCAAGGUGACCACCCAGGAGCUGAUACGCCAGCAGCGGAAGCAAACCCUGUGCGACAACAAGGAGGUGCGUAAGCAGAACAAGCGAAACAAGAACAACGCAAACAGCGGAAGGAAUUCCAGCGGCAAGCAGGACACGGAGUUUGAAGAGAUCCCGAUUGCCAUGACGGAUCCAGACAUCCGCGCGCGUACGCUGGCAAUCGCGCAGAAGAUGCUGGACCCCAAGGCGCGCCGCGAGAUCCUCGACGCCUCUGUCAACCGCUACGUCUUCAACGACGACGAUGACCUGCCGGACUGGUUCGUAAAGGAUGAGCAGCGCAACUGCCGUGUCGUGCUGCCAGUGACUGCGGAGGAGAUCGAGGAGCAGCGCCGCCGCUUCCGGGAGCUGAACGCGCGACCGAGCCGCAAGGUGAUGGAGGCGAUGGGCCGCAAGCGCCGGAAGGCGCAGCGCAUGCUACGCAGCUUGAUUGACAAAGGCAAGGCCGACCCUCGCGCGCGCGAGAAGGCUGAAAACCUCAGCGUGCGCAAGCUGAUGCGUUCGCAAGUGGUGAAAGGCCAGGGAAAGAAGAGGCACAAGUACCUCGACCGGCAGCUGAUGGGCCGCAUGCGGCGCGAGAAGCAGAAGCUGAAGCGCCGGAAAUAG